CCGGGAGAGCCCGGGAGGCGAGCGGGGGCAGAGGCGCUGCGGCUCGCCAGGCUGGUUUCAUUUUUAAAGGGCUUUGGUGGCCGUGCAGGCUCUCCCGGGGCCCUGGAGCCACUUAAAGCAGCCUAGCGAAGGCUGGGAUGCAAAAGUUAUUUGGUAGCGGCUGCUACUAGCGGAGGACUGGAGUGGCCCCGAGAGGGGUGUGUGAGUGUGCGUUUGUAGCAGCAUCUUAAAGGAGUAGCUUGUCUUUCUGGCUGGCUCCCCCACCCCUUCUUUCCCCGCCAUGCGUGCGUGUGUGGAGCGGGGAUGGACGUUGCAAAAAUGCUUGGAUUUGUUUAUGAAAUGGAAAUUAACUCUUCUCCAGCGCCGCUCCCCCACCCCAAUUUAAUCGCCACCAUCCAGAGCUAUCCCACCCGUGCCCUCCCAUCUCUGCAAACUGGAGGACGUGUGAGUUGCACGGAGAACUCUUGACCAGCCAAGGACGGAAACUUCUUUCCGUGCGGUAGAGGGUCGGGGCUGGGGGGCGGACGGAGGUAAGGACCGGCUUGAGCGCCGUGCGGAGUCGAACUCGAACCCGGGGAAGCAGAGGCAGCGAGAAGGCGGGAAGAGGACCGCGAGCUCCGAGUCCGCCCGCUCCGGAUGAGACGAUGCUAAAUGAGGGGGUACCCUCAAUGCUGACCGGGCCUUUAUUAAAGGCUGGAUUAUCAAUUGCUCUCGUGGUUUGCACACAACUUCGGAAAAGCAAGAAGCCGCGGCGGGUUUGCCGGGCUGGUCCAUGUGCAAUGCACACGGUUUGCAGCCGGCCGGAAGCACAGACUGGACCUCCACUCCUGGCCGUUUGCGGUCCUAGGUGGCCCCGCCCUCCGGCCCCGCAGGGACCCACCCGCGCGACCCCAGCCGCGGCGACCUCCUGCUCGUGCCCCGCCCCCAACUUUUCAGGGCUCCCUGGCCGCUGAGAAGGGCUCCGGGGGCAAACCGGGGCCAGAGAAAGCUCCAGUUGCGGAGCCGGGACACCUGGGCUGCCGAAACCGCCCAUUGAGCCGAUGGUGAGCGCUGGACACCUACCGGGCAGCUCCGAGGCGGGAACGGGAAGGUGACUCGGGUCGCUAUCCCUCCUCGUCCCCCCUCCCAAUAUCCCCCAAAGCAAAUUUCACCCCCUCCACCGACCCGCAGGGAAGGAAGAGGAAACCUGUCCGAGGGGCUGGGGCCCCCAGAACCCGCGGCGCGCUCCCCAAUCCCCCAGGGGCCCGCGCCCGCGGAGGCAAGUUUCCCACAAGGCGAGGGCGCAGCCGGCAACUCCGAGAGAAGCCGGCUCCCGAGCCCAGCCAGCUCCGAGAGGCGCUAAUUCAAUAAGACAGAAAUCUGAGUUCAGAAAUCCUGAUAAAAUCUAAUUUUCGGGUUUUAAUACCCUGGCUAUCAGCCCCUCCCUGAUUCCCGAGGACUCUUAAAAGAAAAUAAAGCGCAUUGAUUCUAUUUGUUUCUGAGAGCUGCAGUUUCUUAAUAAUAUCAGGUGAAGAUUUAUUUUCCAAGGAGAAAACGAUCCACCAGGAUACAACCUCUUACUCUGAAACCUCCCUUGCCGGCUUCUCCCUGCCAUCGCCUCCUUAUUCCCGGGGUUCUUGCGGCUCUCCCCCCUCCCCUUUUUGCUUUUUUUGGCAAAAGCCGACUGUAAUAUUCGAGCGCUGAGCUCACAAUUCCCCCUGCGAUGCCAGCAACGCAAUCAACGCCCAGUUGAUUGACUGGUUGUAAACACAUUUUCCCCUGGCAGAUUUUGUUGUUGUUGCCCCCCCCUCCGUUUUCCAGGGAAUGCGUGGCAUUUAAGUCAACAAAACUGCAAAGCAAUUAAUAAAUUUGCAAGUUGCCCCGCACGCGGCCUCCAGGCUGAGCUUCGCCGCCUCCUCAGCCUGCCUCGCGCCCCGCGCCAUCCCAGCCCGGCCAGGCUGGUCCUGCGGCUGAAGCCCGAAGCUGAGCCCUCCUUGAGAGCCGCAGCCCUGCGCCCUGGUCGUCCCUAGCCAUCAGGAGCUCCCUACCUGUUAGGGAACAGUCGGGAGUCAGCUUCUAGAAGAAUUAAUUAGGGGCAUGCUGUUUUCUGGGCAGCUCCGAGCUCUGGUAGAGGCGUCCAAACCUCUGCCGGCCGAGCUAUUUUAUUUUUACUACAUUUUCUCAGGUUGUAAAAAUAGACCUGGGCACGUUCUUUCUGGGAGUUUUCUAGCAAGGAGCGCAUUCAAGGCCGGGCUGACUCUAUAACAGGUUUCUCUCAACAGCCAGGGGUGAAACGGGAAAAUGUGGUCCUGGUUGGGUCCUCAUUCAUCUGCAUUAGGAGACCUUCAUCCGGAGAGAGGGGCAGAGGCCCACUUAACGCAGAUGGAUGAGUCCCGCUCUGGGCCUGGAGAUCAGGUGGCCUGCUAGGGACUUCUCCCAGAGCAGACAAGCUCAGCACCCAGGCAGGCAGUGUCUGGCCUUCAGUUUCUCAUUUUUGGCAAGCCAUUGUUUGUAUCUGGGGAUAAGUGGGGCUUCAUGAAAAUAUAGUUAACUCCCCAGAGACUGCCCGUGAACAGUGGCUCAAAAGGAUGUCAGAUGAAGAGUCAGGCUGCCAUUUGCAUGAUUUGGGAAUUGAAAUGCAUAAUCAUGGGCGUAACAUCCAAAAUAAUUAAUAACACAGACAUUUUGUGCUGUGACUCAUUGCAGUAACCUUUGCCCUGUUGGCCAGUUCUUUGGGCUAGGCUUCCAUGCUGCUGACUGGACUUGGAUUGUCCUGGUGAUGUAUUAAGUGCCUGGGAUCACCACAUCAUCCGAGCCAUGUGUUUCCCAGUAACAUUUGUAUUAGUUAUAUCUAUUUUGGUUUUUAAAUAAUUACCAGAGACUUAAAAUAGUAAAGCAGUCAUCCUAAUAGUGAUCCAUUUAUAGUAAUACCCUUCAAAGAUGAUUGCAAAAUGUUGGCCUUGAUCAGAAAAUCUGAUAUGACAAAACAUUAUCAUUUCUGUGGAAGUCUUCGAUAUCUUAGUUUCUUACUGUUAAAAAAAUUAAAGUCGCCAUUUCAGAUUGUACCUGCGAUUGAAGAGGUAGUUGUCAAUGCCUGGUGUUUCUUUGUUGGCCACACGUGGCCCACUCUGUACCUGUAGGUGUGGCCUCAUCUGCACCUAUAGUUACAGUCUCCCCGCCUCCUUUAACAACUCUGACACUUUGACUUGCAGGGCGUGGUAUUUUAAAGCAACCAUUAACUGUUGGCGCCUGGGCCUGUGGCCCUUGGGCAGACACUUCUGCUGCACCCAUGAAUGGUGUUGUUGCUAAUGAGCGCUCCUGCUCUCUCCUCUCUCCUCCCUUCUUACAAUGAAAGACAAGCCAGACCCUGGGAUUCUGGGUGGAUGGAGAGCUGGAGUCUCAGGAACUUCCUAAUAAGUUGCUGAUAAGUUGCUGGUGGCUACCAGCCAAGGCUGGAGGUUUGUUACGUACGCAGUUGUGUUGAGCACAUCCCACGUUAAGGGCCUUUUAAAGACCUGGAUUGAUUGGAAGGACAAAAAUUAAAAGCAAUCUGAUCCAGCCCCAUGCCGGAUCCCUGUGGAUUGUCUCCUUAUCCCAUUUCCAUCCACUGUCACAAUUUGAGAGUCGGCUUGAUUUGAUCAGAUCCACCUCCGGGGGAGGUGGAAUGCCAAGGUUACAAGGACGCAAAGUUACGGGCAACUUUUUGAUCUGUCCAUCAGCAGUUUGAGAAACGCUGGCUCUGAAUUUUCUGUAUCGGCCUUUCGGAAAAAACAAGCUCCUCACUGUUUGCAAACCUGCAGUGCUUGAGGCUCUGGGACAUCCCAGCUGCCAUCGCCUGGUAGAUGUGGCAUUUCCAUGCUGAGGCUGCGAGUCCCAGCUGACCCCGCCGCUGCCUCUCCAGGGCCUCUCUGGGCCGUGCCCCUGCGGACUGAGCAGCCAUGCUGCACCUGCUGGCUCUCUUCCUGCACUGCCUCCCGUUGGCCUCUGGGGACUACGACAUCUGCAAAUCCUGGGUGACCACGGAUGAGGGCCCCACCUGGGAGUUCUACGCCUGCCAGCCCAAGGCAAUGCGUCUGAAGGACUACGUCAGGGUGAAGGUGGAGCCCUCGGGCAUCACGUGUGGAGACCCCCCUGAGAGGUUCUGCUCCCAUGAGAACCCCUACCUGUGCAGCAACGAGUGUGACGCCUCCAACCCCGACCUGGCGCACCCCCCGCGGCUCAUGUUCGACCGGGAGGAGGAGGGGCUGGCCACCUACUGGCAGAGCAUCACGUGGAGCCGCUACCCCAGCCCGCUGGAGGCCAACAUCACCCUGUCGUGGAACAAGAGCGUGGAGCUGACGGACGACGUGGUGAUGACCUUCGAGUACGGCCGGCCCACGGUCAUGGUCCUGGAGAAGUCCCUGGACAACGGGCGCACGUGGCAGCCCUACCAGUUCUACGCCGAGGACUGCAUGGAGGCCUUCGGCAUGUCCGCCCGCCGCGCCCGCGACAUGUCGUCCUCCAGCGCCCACCGCGUGCUGUGCACCGAGGAGUACUCGCGCUGGGCGGGCUCCAAGAAGGAGAAGCACGUGCGCUUCGAGGUGCGGGACCGCUUCGCCAUCUUCGCCGGCCCCGACCUGCGCAACAUGGACAACCUGUACACGCGGCUCGAGAGCGCCAAGGGCCUCAAGGAGUUCUUCACCCUCACCGACCUGCGCAUGCGCCUGCUGCGCCCCGCGCUGGGCGGCACCUACGUGCAGCGCGAGAACCUCUACAAGUACUUCUACGCCAUCUCCAACAUCGAGGUCGUGGGCAGGUGCAAGUGCAACCUGCACGCCAACCUGUGCUCGGUGCGGGAGGGCAGCCUGCAGUGCGAGUGUGAGCACAACACCACGGGCCCCGACUGCGGCAGGUGCAAGAAGAACUUCCGCACGCGGGCCUGGCGCGCCGGCUCCUACCUGCCGCUGCCCCACGGCUCUCCCAACGCCUGUGCCGCUGCGGGCUCCGCCUUUGGCAGCGCCGGCAGGUCCCGGAAAGACCCUGCUCCCCAGCCCCCCGUGGCCACCGUGGCCAUAAGCGGGGAGCCCAUCGCUUCCACCCCCUCCACAUCUACCGCCCAGGCCCCCAGAGUCCCCAGUACCCCACUGCCCACAGAGUGGACCAGGCCAUCAACAGCUGCCCCUCUUGGGGAGAGCUCCCCCCAGCCCCAGGUUUCCUCCAGUGAAGAAGGAAUCCUCUCACUGGCCGCCCGGUUCACAGGACCCUCAUCACAGGCAUUGACGGAGCCCAGAGAGGGGACAGCUGCGGGCACUUCCGCCGCUGUCCCCACCCCUGCUAAGAGCUCCAAACUAUUCCAGCUCAAGCCCAAAUCUCCUCAAGUGAUGCCUAUUGAAGAAUUCCAAGACUGUGAGUGCUACGGCCAUUCCAACCGCUGCAGCUACAUCGACUUCCUGAACGUGGUGACCUGUGUCAGCUGCAAGCACAAUACCAGGGGCCAGCACUGCCAGCACUGCCGCCUGGGCUACUACCGCAACGGCUCAGCUGAGCUGGACGACGAGAACGUCUGCAUCGAAUGUAACUGCAAUCAGAUCGGCUCCGUGCACGACCGGUGCAACGAGACGGGCUUCUGCGAGUGCCGCGAGGGUGCGGUGGGGCCCAAGUGCGAUGACUGCCUCCCCACGCACUACUGGCGCCAGGGCUGCUACCAAGCUCCAACAUGGGGGGUGGACCAGCCACCAGCCGCGUCAACUGCCCCCUCCGCCCCGCAGCCAACGUGUGCGACGACGACCAGCUGCUCUGCCAGAACGGCGGCACCUGCCUGCAGAACCAGCGCUGCGCCUGCCCGCGCGGCUACACCGGUGUGCGCUGCGAGCAGCCGCGCUGCGACCUCGCCGACGACGACGGCGGCCUGGACUGCGACCGCGCACCCGGGGCCGCCCCGCGUCCCGCCACCCUGCUCGGCUGCCUGCUGCUGCUGGGGCUGGCCGCCCGCCUGGGCUGCUGAGCUCUGCCCGGGGACCCGCGGCCGGGGAGGGUGGACCGCGCGCUCUGCGCCAUGCCCCGCGCUUCGCGUCCGGGGAUCCUAGGCGUCCAAGGCCGGGCGGCGACAAGGGUGCGGCCGAGCUGCUCCCAGGUGCUACUCAGCAGAGUCCUCCCGCCCUCCCGCUCCGCCUCGCGGCACCGCGCCGCCCGGCACUGCCCUCCCUUCGCAGCUGGGGCGCUGUAGGGUUCUGCCCCUGCAGCCUGCGGAUUUGGGUUUUAGUUUUUCUUUUAUAUUACCUGCCGCCUCUUUAUUUUAUUUUUCUUAAUUUCUCUUUCUUUUCACUUUUCUUUUCCUUUGCUGUCCGUGAGACAGGGGGCCGGGAGAAACGCUGCUCGCCCCAACACCCCCAGAUCCCGCCCCGACCUCACAUACACGCAGGACUGUUGCAGACACCCCUGCGCCCGCCCUGGCUUACACCAGCCAGCGGCCCCGGAACUCCAGUUGCCUACCACUCUAGUCGCUGACUUGAUUCUCUUUUAUAUUCUUUAUUUUCCUUUGCAACCCACCAGACCCCGAGCCCCACAGCGGCCUGGUGACCAAGGAACUCACCAUCUGGGGUUGGGGGUAGAAAGAAGGGUUGGGAGGGGUGGAAACUUGGUUUUGUAGAGAACUAUUUUUGUUUGUAUUAACUGUCCCCUGUAAGGAGGGACUGGGUGGAAGCUGGUCACCGAGGGUGGCUGAUGGUGUAUAACCGAACAGAGUAAAGAGUGCUCACUGCUGCCUCCCA